AUGUGUCCUGUUUUGGAUACUGAUUCAAAAUCGAUAGGAGGUAAGGAUGGUAAUCCACCAAAUUUAGCUACUAUAUUUUUGGAAAGUCGCCAGAAGAAUGGAAAGCUUAUUGAACCUGAAACAAUCGAGAAAUAUGAAGAAAUUCUGGAAGUUAUUCGGUCAGAUCCAUCUCUUCCAAAUCUACAAGUAGGUGAGAAAUGUUUCGGAUAUCAAUGUCAUAGUCAUGUUGUUGGCUUUGAUGGUGGAAUAAAACGUAAAGAUCUGAAUGGUUCAUCUUCAAAAAAAGGAGAGCUUGAAGAAGAAAAUCGAUCAAUGAAGGCUCGUUUAAUUUCAUUGGAAGAGGAAUUUUAAAAGCUAAAAGAAAUGUUUACAUCUCAGCAAAGCAUUAAUUUGCAGCCUCCAUCUUCAUCAGCUUCA